UUACCCUAUUCAUUUUGAUACUUUGGAUAUCAUUCUCAGAGUCAUUUAUACGUUCAAAACAGUUUUAAAACAAAGAAAUUUCUGCAAAAUUAGCCGUCACUUGCGGCCAACGAACUGAACGAGAAUGGGUCUGAAACGCUUUGUUUCCACUCUGCUGCGCAAGUCGCCGAUCCGCUCGUCGGAGCCCGGAAAGUUGGCUGCCGGAUGCCCAGCCGUUUUCUCCGAAGACGGCAUGUGGAGUGCCAAGUUCACCGGCCGUUCUGACCCGGCCAAGAUCCGCGGACAGGUGCUCAAGCAACCGCCCGGCCGCAAGGACGCCGAACUGACGCCCUCAUUUAGACUCCCACGCAAGCGAUCCUGGCUGCAAAGGCGCACGGUUCCCUCAUAGACAGCGUGGUCAAAUUACCAAAAUGCCAAAUCCGCAAUCCCAAUUUUAGCCCUCAGAGCAUGGCUGUUAUUCAGAAUCACGCAUUGGCGUGCAAAGUAAAUGAUUUAACAUUUCAAA